AUGAACGCUACAGUGAAGAAGUUGGAGGAGCGUUGCAGCACAGAAAUCAUGUAUCAUUCCAGCUUGAUCACUCAGGUGAAACGUGAGGAACUUGCAGAGACGUUACUCGUGUGGCCAAGAUGUUGCAUCAGGUCAAGUCGGCUCCUCAAGAACGACACCGACAGUGAGAUAGAAGCCCAUAUAAGAUCUUGGCUGCGACACGCCAAGGAACAGCUUCUGCAGACAAGCUUGCAGUGCAAUCAAAAAACUAUAUCCGAUGCCGAAGAUGUGUGCUUAAGGAAGUACGAACAGGAACAUGGCAUUAUUUCUAGAGGCCUGAUGUCCGGCAAUGACAAACGACUGUGCUGCACGUUGGACUACAAGAAGAAUUGUGUUCCAGACCAAUUAAAAGCUAAAGGAUGUGAUGAACAACUUCUUCAGAAUUAUGUUGCAAAGAUACAGCGUGAAAUAACAAACCAAUGUGCAGCAUCGAACUCGAUCUGCGACGUUGCAUCAAAGUGCCCAAACAAAACGUUAUCACUUGCACAGACUGUCUGCGAAGAAAGCUUUAUGAGGGAACACGGCCUCGUCCUUCCCCCCGAAUAUGUGAACAAAGAGGCGAACAAAUGGUACUGCUGUAUGAUGCAGUACAGCCAGAAUUGUCUUCAGGACACGCUGAAACAACAAGGAUGCGAUUCCGAAGACUUUUUGCAGGUGUUCACUCGGAAAGUUGAGACUCAAUGUGGAACGUCCAAGCCGUUCUGCUCUGCUCAGUGUAAUAACAACACGUUAUCCCAUGCCCAGUUUGCGUGCAGCGAGAGAUAUAUGCAGAUCCAUGUGCUGAAUCCUGAAAAACCGGGAGAAUUGAGCCCGGAUACUCAGAAACUUUACUGCUGGCAAAGUGCCUCAAUAGCUUUAGAUGUAGAGGGCCCCGAUGUUUACCCAUUUGCCGCAAUCCUUGAACCCGUGAAAAAAUAG